AUGGCCUCAGCACUCCCACAUUCCGCAACAGUCGUGGAAAACACCACGGAACCGCUUUACAAGCCCCGGUACAUAGACAUCGGCAUCAACCUUGCAGACCCUAUUUUCAGGGGCAAAUAUCAUGGCACGCAAAGACAUCCAGACGAUCUCAGUGCCGUCGUGUCGAGGGCGAAGGAAGUUGGCUGUACCAAGCUGAUCGUCACCGGCUCAGACUUCACAAGCUCGAGACAUGCACUCGAGAUCGCCAAGGAAUACCCGGGAACAGUAUACACAACAGCAGGAAUUCAUCCAUGCUCCAGCGCAAUAUUCAGCACAGCCAACUCACAUGAGGAUACAGAUGGGCAUACUAUGCCCUGCGACCCGGAUCCGACAAAGGAAGUAUCAGAGGAGCAUGAACCAGAUCAUGAGAAGUCGUCCAAAAUCAUAACCGACCUGAGGAAACUCAUCGAGGACGCCAGAACCGAGGCCCCCAACGCCCUGGUGGCGUUCGGCGAGUUUGGACUCGACUACGACCGCCUGCACUACUGCUCCAAGAAGAUCCAGCUCCACUCCUUUGCCGCACAGCUGGAUCUGGUCCUGUCGCUCAAGCCGCAACCACCGCUAUUCCUCCACUCGCGCGCGGCGCACGGGGACUUCGUACGUCUGCUCAAGGAGAAGUUUGGCGGCGAGCUCGAGAAGCUGGAAAAGGGCGGCGUGGUGCACAGCUUCACGGGCACCGUCGAGGAGAUGCGCGAGCUGAUGGACCUCGGCCUGUACAUCGGCACCAACGGCUGCAGCUUCAAGACGGCCGACAACUGCGCCGUGGUCAAGGAGAUCCACCUCGACCGGCUCAUGCUGGAGACGGACGGGCCCUGGUGCGAGGUCAGACCCAGCCAUGAAGGAUACAAGUACCUGAUCGACGCAAAGCCGCCCACGCCCGCCGCCACACCGGAAACGCCUGCUGCCGCGGCGAACGGCCAGGGUCAGCAGCCCACGAAACAGGCCCAGAAAUCGAAGAAGCCGCAGAAGAAGGAACCCGAGGUCCCGGAGCGGUGGAAGACGGUGAAGAAAGAGAAGUGGGUCGAAGGCGCCAUGGUCAAGGGCCGCAAUGAGCCUUGCUCGAUUGAGCGUGUUGGCAAGAUCGUUGCUGGCAUCAAGGGAGCUUCGGUAGAGGAGGUAUGUGAGGCGGCAUGGCGUAACACUGCCAAAGUGUUUGACAUAGAAUCAUAG